AUGGACUUAGACAUCCCAGAAGCCUUCCAGAAAGAGUUCACCUGCCUCGUGUGCCUGAAUUACCUUCUAGACCCAGUCACCAUAGGCUGUGGACACAGCUUCUGUAGGUCCUGUCUCUGUCUUCUCUGGGGGCAAGUUGAAGACCCUGCCAAAUGCCCAGUGUGCAGGCAACAAUCAGAGCAGACAAAUCUCAAAACCAAUUUUCUUCUGAAGAAUCUGGUGUCCAAUGCCAGAAAAGCAAAUCUCGGGCAAUUCCUGAACUCUGAGGGACAUACGUGUGGGACCCAUAAGGAGACAAAGAAGAUCUUCUGUGAAGCCAACAAGAGCUUGCUCUGUUUGGUCUGCUCUCAAAGUCAGGAGCACAGGGCUCACAGACACCGUUCCACUGAAGAGGCUGCUGAGGAAUGCUGGGAGAAGCUGGCAAAUGAAAUGAGAUCUUUAUGGGAAAAGAUCGAAUUGGGAGACAAAGUGAAAUGGAGCGAGUCAGCACAGCUGCACAUGCCUCAGCCUCUGCUGCCAGAACUGCGUGCACGACCCAUCACUGGGCUGAUGGACUGGCUCAACCGCUUCCGAGUAACAAUUUCAUUCCAUAAUGAAGUAAGCAGACAGCACAUCAGGCUGUUUGAUGAUGCAAGAAGUUUGAAGUAUGAGCGUAACAGCCUCUAUGUGUCUUUGGAUGGCAGAACAUCACAGUAUUUUGCUGCAUGGGGAUCCCGGGGCUUCACCUCUGACAAACAGUACUGGCAGGUGGAUGUGGAUGGCUCUUGGGACUGGGCUGUAGGCAUCUGUAAGGAUUCCUGGACAAGGAAGGAUGAUGGCAUACUGAAGGAAUCCAACAGGGACAACUUUCUCCUUGUGUGUGUGAAGGAGGGUCAUCAUUACCGUCUCUGGACCACCAUCCCAAACACUCCUCGGUACACAGGGAAACCUCAGGGCAGGGUUGGCGUGUUCCUUGAUUUUGACAGUGGGAGUAUGGGUUUUGUGGACGUUGCCAGGCGCUCCCUCCUUUGGAGGUACGAGGAUGGCCUGUUCACUUUCCCUGUCAGGCCUUUCAUUUGCACUGGCCACACGUGA